ACACCUGGGACUCGCUGCACUUUGAGCCCCAACCACGCCACAGACACCAGCGCCACCGAGCACUGCCUACCUGAGAGACCAGACACCAGAGACCAGCCUGCCUGCAGGCACAAAUACAAGGCUGGACCUCAGAGACCUUCAGAGCAGAGGCUGAGGGGGGAGGAAGAGGGAGAGUGAGUGAGAGAGAGAGAGUGGAAGCAGGAGGAGAGAGAGGGAGGGAGAGUGGGGGAGACAGAGAGGUAGAGUGAGAGGGAAAGAGAAGGGGAGAGUUCUUUGCUCACUCACUGAGAGAGUGGAAUAGUCUGGGAGUUUGGCAGCUGGCCAGUUGCAGUCAGAUUGGAAUCUGUGAUUGGUGAUCUACUGACAAACAGGUCCAGGGACAGGUUGGAAAAGGGAUUUGAAGAUCUAAUCAGAUGAGAGAGAGCGCGCAGAUAAUCCAACCCCAGGCUCCAUCUUACUGACUUCAGCUGGAGGAAAGAAGGAGAGAGGAGGGGAGUCACCUGUAGAUACUGCCCAGGAAACAGGACUUCAUUCUCAGUCUGAAGCGAGGACCCAUGAGGGCGAGCCAGUGAAGGAGGGAGGAGGCAGACAAGCUGAGAGGCGUGCGAUGAACAGCGAGGUCUGACUGAGGAAAAGGGGGAGCGAGAGACGGAGAGAGAGCGAGAGAGAGGGAGAGAGACGUAGGCCCAUAACUUCUGUCAUACAGAGAAGCUGCAGUCUCGAUGGCAGCGCGGGGGCGUCGCCUCUCUGUUAACUCCCUGAUGGAGGGCUGGCCCGACUCUGGUUCUGUCUCCGGCUGUGUCUGCGGCUUCUUCCCUCUGUCCAAGAGCUCCUCGGCCGUGCUGCAGAGCCCUGCGAGCUCAGAGCAGCUCCUGGGAACCAGGGCCGCCCUGCACAAAAGCCUGAGCUGUGCGGUGUGCCACCAGCAAGGAGUGCUAGAGGGCAGCAGAGAGCUAACAGCAGCAGCACUGCUUCACCAGCAGAGGGAGCUGGAGAGCAGACAGCAACAACAACAACACUCUACACCUCCUGAUGAGCAGGGGAGCAGCUCAGUAACUGUGAACCACCAGCACCCCACUGGUGCGGACUCGACACCCCCUACAGUGCGGGAGGAGGUAUCGCAGGCCAGCCUCAGUGAGCCCAGGGAGCAGGGGGGCGAUCACCUGAGACUGCCCCCCAAACCCACAGUGCAGAGGAGAUGCUCUGACAGCCUAGGCACAGCAAGGGAGAGGCACCAGCAGUGGGGGCCGGCAUGCCGCAGCCAGACCAGCCACACCUGCCUGGGCCUGGGGCCGUGCCUUCAGAAAGGCCCAGGCUGCUCCACUGCGCUGUGCAAAGACACCGGCCUGCUUCAGCGACAGGGCAGUUCUGAUCCCACCUGCAGGGGGGGCCUUGACAACACCACCCCCUCACAGAGCCCGGUGAUCUGUGUGGACAACGAGGGCCUGGGACAAGGAGACAUGGGUGUCCACACUCACAGCCACACCCGCUGCAGGGACUCCGUCCUGGGUCACAGGUUCCAGGACCCCUUCCCUGCCUACUGUCAUCCCCUGCCUCUGCCCAGCCCAGCCCAGCUGCUCCCGCAUGUGCUCAGCUCGGACAGUGGGUGCUGCCCCCCCCACCCGUCCCCCAGCUCCCUGCUCUUCCCCCGACUCAUCUCAUCUAUCAGUGAGAUGGGCCUUGACGCCCAGAGGCUGCAGCAGUGCUGCCUGGACCUUGGAGUCUCUGGUCAGGAGACUCCUCUCCCCUACCCCCUCCCCCGCCCCUUCCCCGCCCCCUCCUCCUCCUCCUACCACUAUUCCUGCCCCCUACAAGAGGUGGGGUGCCACUACAGGGCUGGGGGCCGGAGCACCAGGGAUGUGGGGACCAUGACCUCACCAGGGUCCCUGCCGUCUCAGUGGCAACGGGACAUCGGGGUGCAGACUGGGGAAUCAGACUCUACUUACCCCUCUCACGGGGAUCAUGUGUAUCCCCAGGUCAGCCUCAACCAGCAGCAGGGCUCAAUGAAGGGAAGAUCCCCGGUGAUUGAGGGACAGAGAGAGGGGCAGGGGUCAGAGAGAGAGGGAGGGAGGGGAGGACAGGGACCAGUAAAGGAGGGUGGAAGAAAGGGAGAAGAGGAGAGAGGGAGUAGAGCAAAGGGCAUAGAGAAGGAGAGAGGGAGGGGAGGGGAGGGACCAGAGAUGCAGGGAAGCAGGCAGGAUCAGGGCUCAGGGCAGGACUCGGGGCAGCGCACCCCGGUGAAGGAGGUGGCCUGGGAUGCCGAGGGGAUGACCUGGGAGGUGUAUGGGGCCUCUGUGGACCCUGAGGUCCUGGGACUGGCCAUCCAGAAGCACCUGGAGCUGCAAAUCCAGGAGGCAGCCGGGCGAACCAGCAGACUGUCCCGGCAAAACACACAGGCCUCCCAGUGCUCCCAGCACUCCCAGCAAAGGCGGAAGUGGGGGAGCGGCCGGGGGGGCAGGUGGGUGAUUUCCUCGCUUCGGAAUCCGGGCUGCUGCACUCACUCCAACACAGCUGCGGACUGAGAGACACACACUGAAAUACUGCCACCUACACUACAGGCACACCCACUGCAACUCUUCUUACAGCAACCAGCUUGUACUCAGGACAAGAAAACUUUACUGCACUCCUGCCUGCAAUGCUAACACUGAGCUGAGCUCAGACUGCCCCCUACUGGACAUGCGCACUCCAGCACUGACAGAGACACAAGGAAACAAAUUAGAGACACUCGCCAUAACACUGUGAAUCACAUGUGGGGCCCAGGCGUUUGAACCGUUCCUGAGGGAUACCUGACUAUUCCUCUGUGGUCACCAGUCUAGUUCCUUCAGGGAAGUUGUAUCGCACUGUUUCUAGGCUGCUGAAUGGCCCAUUUGGGGAUUUUUUCCCUCCUGAGACAUUAGUAAUUUGUGCAGUCCUGGAUACAGAAUCCAGCUCGCAGUUCGUGCUGAAAAACUUUUGCUUAUUUGCUUGUGUUUUUCACUUCAGUUUGAAAUAUGCAGACAACACUACAGAUGCUGCUUCCUGGUAUCUAGUCACUUCCUGUUGUGUUGUAGUUCAAACUCCGACCAUGUGACUCACAGCAAAGUUACCAGGAUGCAGCAGUGUAUCUGUAUUUGAAAUACUUGCGUGACCUGAAUCAUGAAUAAACACGCGAAGAGCUAAAAGAUUCUUAGCACAAUAACAAGGGGGAAGGGCAGUAAAUAAGAGGUAAGAAAGGUGUCAACAGGGUCUUUAAUGUUGUGUGAGUGGACAGGACCCUGUGCCCUCUGCAUUACAGUGCCCCCUGUGUGUCUGGAGGCUCAGAGCUGGCUCAGAGACUCUUUAAAUGCAAUAACACCCCCAGUCCCCGCCAAAACACUGUCAACAUAGUUGUGCUAUCUGCGGUCCUUCGCGGCUGGGUGACCCUUUAAAAUGAUGCUGUAUGAUGCUGCUUAACACUGGACCUCAGUAACAAUUUUAAUAUGCGCAUUUAAACCAGAGAUUCAUUCAUUAGAUCUUAGUCUUUUAGUUUCCAGUUUAACUGGGAACUAUUAACACAACCAGUACAGUUAAACUGGGAAUUAUUAAAACAACCAGUACAGUUAAACUGGGAAUUAUUAACACAACCACUACAGUUAAACUGGGAAUUAUUAACACAGCCAGUACAGUUAAACUGGGAAUUAUUAACACAACCAGUAUAGGUAAAUUGGUGAUCCACACAGCAUUUCUAAACUAUUCAGACUGUAUUCCUGUGAAUUUGCUGCCAAACCUUCCUUUAAGACAGCAUUGGUUUUGUGUUCGUAUAUCCAAUUAUCUGACUAUGUUUAAAUGUUUUUAGUUUUUUUGUACGUAUUUUUGAACUACGAUUAGUACAAACUCACAGUGAAGUCAAUGUCUUGUCACUGAAGCAUGGACUCUCUUCACACGAAGGUCUGUUUAGUUUGUGUCUGUUUGUGCCUAGCAUGAGAAUUUGGGUUCAAGCUCAGGCUAGGCUAAACAAACCGAGUCCCAAUCUUAACCCUUGCUUAUCCCUUCCCAGAGGCAGCUGGGGUGCAUUUUGCCCAGCUCAUAUACAGUAUAUUUAAAAGGGAUUGCUACUAACCACAGCUUUACAAUCAGAAUAUCAGCCCUGCUCAGAAUCACUUGCUUAUGCUCUACCGCACCCCUCUGGGCUUUACCAUGCUUUCAUAAUGAUUUGUUACACUUUGCUGUGCUUUUACUGUGAGAAACUUUUAUAAGGGGUGUCUCUGUAUGGGUAGUGUUGUACAUUGUGGGAAUGAUUUAUAAUAAUCAGGUGAUGUGUGUGUGUGUGGUGGGGGGGGGGGGGGGGGGGUCCCACUAUCUAGCGAAUGUAAACUCUCUAUUACUCAAGUUAUUUGAAUGCUGUUUGUAGUGCUACAGGGAAGGGAUACUUUAUCAAGUCACAGUCCCUCACUGUACAGACUGCAAACCUGCACUCCUCACCCCUCGCUUACUCUACAUGCCUCAUGUUUUGGACCAAAAAGUAACAAUGGGACCGCAGACACUGUUAAUUUAUUCUUUAAUGGUAUGCCUACCGGAUACUGUGUCACACACCCAGAAGCCAUGUUGGUAAGGGCAAGGUGCUGCAUCGUCCAAUGGCUGCCUGCAUGUGCUGUUGCAGCGCUGCUGUUUGGCACGGACUGUAUUAUACCACAAAGCGACAUGCUUUGCCUUCUGGGAUUCUGAAAUUACAGUUUCUAUUUUAUUUCUACAGUAUUCGGCUUCUAUCUGUCAAUAUACAGUAUAAAUUAGAUUUUUGUCAAAGCUGGUGUUAAGAAUGAGCUAUACGACUUGACCUUGGGGUGCUGUAGUUCGAUCAGGUUGUCUAGUGGUGUUAGUCAUGUGAGCAUUGCCCUGUGUACAGCACCGUUCUGUUUGCAGAUGACAAUGGGAGAGUGGGGACUGUCAGGACCCGAAUGUAUGGAGUGUCCAUGCAUCAUAUAUCCUAUAGAAGCACAAUUCAUUUGCUCAGCUCCGAAAUAUAGUCUCUCUCUAGUAAAUCAAAUGACCUAUAUUCUCAGUUUCAGCUCAUGCAUUUUAAUUCACAUUGCAGAAUGACUUAUUGGUACCACAUCUGUCACACAGAUUCCAUGUCAAACAGAGGGAGAUUUUAUACAGUUUAAAUGGACCUGGUAUAAGUGAGUCGGUCUGCCCCCAUGCUUUUCCCAUGGUUAUACUAUGCAUUUACCGUAGUUGUUACCAUGGUUUGGCAUGCUUUUUUUAAAUAUGCUUCACCAUUCCUACAUGGACUUAACAAUGUUUACAUAUGAUUUCCCACGUGUUCACUGUGCUUUUACUGUAUGGACUUUUAUCAGGGCAGUAAAGAGUAAAAGAGUGGCACUGCUGAGAGAUAAAUAGAUAUAUAUUAUAAAAUGCAUUGAAGUCAAUGGAAAGCCCCCUUAAUGUAAACCAUAGAAAUCUAUAUAUGUAUAUGUAUGUAUGAUCCAAGAUCUCUUUUCAGUCUGGCACAGGCAGAGUUGCAGCCAACGUCCCACAGUGCUCUCCUUUGCAGCCUCAGUCUGUGGGUUGUUAUUAAUGUUGUUUGUCACAAAGUAUAAUUUACAGUGUUGGAUAUAAAAAGGGAAACUCCAUCUCAAGUGCUUUUUCAUUGUGAUGCAUCAGGGAAUCUGUGUGUGAGCAGCUCUGUUGUGUGUGCGUGUGCGCGUGUAUGCGUGUGUCUGUGUGUGUGUGUGUGCAUAUGUGUGUGUGUGUAUGCGUGCGUGGUGUGUGUGUGCGUGCAUGUGUGUAUGCGUGUGUGUGCGUGUGUGUGCGUGCAUGUGGGUAUGCGUGUGAGUGUCUGUGCAUGUGUGCAUGUGUGUGUCUGUGCGUGUGUCUUUGUGUGUGUGCGUGCGUGCGUGUGUGUGAGUGCGUGUGCGUGUGCGUGUGUGCACGCAUGUGUGCGUCGGGAGGGGGGACUGCUCAGUGUAGACAUUUGGAUUCAUGACUUACUCGUCUCAGACUUGUUCAAUCAGGGUGAUCCCUCACUGACUCAGUCCUUCGUAGCGAUCUGAACUUCAACAGAAAUGUGUAGAUUGGGGUCGCAAUCACGUGUCCAGCCUGUCCAGUUGUCCAGCUCAUGGAUCAGUCUAGAUGGCCUCUAUUUGCAGAGUUAGGCAGAUAAAACACAGUAAAUGUCCAUGAUAAUUUAGCAGCCCCCCCCCCCCCCCAUUCUUUUCCCAUAGUUAUACUAUGCAUUCUCACUGUGCUUUUCACUACACUGUGCUACAGGACCCUUUUUUAAGGCUAAACCAUGUCAGUGUGUUCAAUUGUCAUUUCAGAAGAGUCAGCACAUUGCUCAGUAUUUGCUAACUGACUGAGUUAUUGUGAUCUUUCAAAAACCACACACAACACCAGUCAGGGGCAUUGUUAGCCCUGUAAAAGCAUGUGUCACAGGGCGCUUGUGAGCUUGCAUAGUGGUUAAUAAACAACAGCAGCAUGGUUAUUUUUAAUGAUGAAACAGUCUGGGUCAAAAUUCUUAAAGCCUUUUCCUCCAAACUCUUAACUCAGAAGUUGUGUUUGUGCGUGUGUGUGUUUGAGUGUGUGUGUGUGUGUCUCGUUGUGUCCUGUGAGAGCGCUCGUGACCCCUGUGAGAGCCCUCGUGACCCCUGUGACAGCCCUCGUGACCCCUGUCCGUUCUUGUUCUUUUCUGUCUGAACGUUUCGAGCGAUGGAUUGGCCAGCUAGCUGCUCGCAUGGUCAACUUCUUUUUAGUGUUUAUAGAAGAAAAAAAAAUCAAGUUGUGAAAAAAUGUAUUUUGGAAUUGUUUUGUUUGAUUGUCUAUUUUGAACAAAAAUUAAAUAAACUUAUUACAAACACAUCCUAAUGGAGGAUGGCUGGUCUUUUAUUUAUUCAUCCAAUAACUGGGGAGUUUAGAAAUUUCACUACAGAAUACUGCUGGCCACCAGGCCUGACCCUGCUGCUGCUGCUGCUUAUCUUCCUGAGAUCUGAGCAGAUCACAAUCCCUGUGGCAGUAAUGCCUAAGGCCUGACCUCACAGCGUCCAGCACUGACCUCUCCCUGACCCUGACCCUGGCCUCUCUCUGGCCACACUCACGUGAGGGCAGUGACGAGCGACCGCGCUGGGUGGUGUGAU